AUGUACAAUACUGACAGGUUGUGUUCUACUACAUAUUGUACAAUACUGACAGGUUGUGUUAUCCUAGAAAUAGUUGUACUUGAUGUAGAACAUCUACAAGAGUUGUGUAUUACUACAUAUUGUACAAUACUGACAGGUUGUGUUAUCCUAGAGAUACUUGUACUUGAUGUAGAACAUCUACAAGAAUUGUGUUCUACUAGAGAUUGUACAAUAUUGACAGGUUGUGUUAUCCUAGAGAUACUUGUACUUGAUGUAGAACAUCUACAAGAGUUGUGUUCUACUAGAUAUUGUACAAUACUGACAGGUUGUGUUAUCCUAGAAAUAGUUGUACUUGAUGUAGAACAUCUACAAGAGUUGUGUAUUACUACAUAUUGUACAAUACUGACAGGUUGUGUUAUCUCCGAGAUACUUGUACUUGAUGUAGAACAUCUACAAGAAUGUUCGAAUGCGGUCAUUGUUAUUAGAGAAAAUACACAGUUAAUACACUACAAUCGAUGA